AUGCGCACCAAGCCCGAUCAGGAUAGGCCGAACCCCGUUGACGUCUUCGAGGAAGGAGAGCCGAAGCCAGAACCUAAGCCAUCGGUCCUCGGGUGGAGGUCGUAUGUGGACGGCAUCCUUGUGACCGGCGACUCGUGGGAUAGCAUGUGCAACCGUGUCGACAAACCGCUCGACGUCUGUCGACGCAAGGUGGCGUAUCUAGGACACGAAGUAUCCUCAGCUGGGCUUGAAGCGAACCCGAAGGAGCUCGACGCAAUCGCCAACAUUCCGUUCCCCAUUAAGUUGAAAGCGAUGCAGUCGUUCCCUGGAAGCUUGAACUAUUAUAGCCGCUGCAUUUAG